CAGCACAGCCGUUCUCUUCUCCACUCUCCACUACGGCACUACCCAGGCGCAGUCACUUAUCACAGCGCAGGCGCAGGCACUUAUCACAGCGCAGGCGCAGCCACCGGUACUAUCACGCCACAGUCCGACUGCCAACCAUCGGGGAGUUCUGAUCCGGGAAUCGAGUUACCGCCUUCGUCACCGUUACAUGCUAACAUCGAACCGACUCGAGCUGCUUGAGUUACCUGCACUGAUUCGGAUCGACCGGCCGACCGAGGAAAGUGUUAUCACCGUCCUUAGCUAUUUAUCGAGCUGUUUGGCGUUUAAUUUGGAUUCAAUUGAAGAGGGGAUAUGGGUAAAGUGAAAGGGAAGCAUAGGUUAGAUAUCUACUAUAAGUUAGCCAAAGAACACGGCUACCGUUCCAGAGCAUCAUGGAAGUUAGUACAACUGGAUGACAAUUUCAGAUUUCUAAAAUCAGCGCAUGCUGUCCUCGACCUUUGUGCUGCCCCCGGUGGUUGGAUGCAAGUGGCCGUGCAGCAUACACCCAUCGGCAGCCUUGUACUCGGUCUUGAUCUUGUUCCCAUUGCUCCUAUACGAGGUGCCAUCGCUCUCCAACAAGACAUAACCAAAUCCGAUUGCAAGUCCAAGGUUAAACGAGUCAUGGAAGAGCACAGGGUUAUGGCUUUUGAUGUCGUUUUGCAUGAUGGAUCCCCUAAUGUUGGUGGUGCUUGGGCUCAAGAAAAAAUGAGCCAAAAUACUUUGGUUAUUGAUUCUGUUAAGCUGGCUACCCAGUUUUUGGCCCCUAAAGGCACCUUUGUCACCAAGGUUUUUAGGUCCCAAGAUUACAGUUCCGUUCUAUAUUGUCUCAAGCAGCUGUUUGAGGAGGUUAAAGUUUGGAAACCACAUGCUAGUCGCCCAGAAUCAGCUGAGACUUAUGUUUUGGGGCUAAGGUAUAAAGCCCCGGCAAAGAUUGAUCCACGCCUUCUUGAUUUCAAACAUCUGUUUCAGGGAUCGAUAGAACCACAAAAGAAGGUGAUUGAUGUACUUAGGGUAACAAAACAGAAGAGACACCGUGAUGGUUAUGAAGACGGGGAGACAAUCUCAAAGAAGAUGUCUACUGCUGCUGAUUUCAUUUGGUCUGAUUCUCCUCUCGAAAUCCUAGGUUCAGUUACUACCAUAACCUUUGGGGAUCCAGCUUCAUUGCCUAUUAAGGAUCACAGUUCUACCACAGAAGAGGUCAAAGCUCUUUGUGAUGAUUUGCGAGUUCUACGAAAGCAGGAUUUCAAGCAUCUUUUGAAGUGGCGGAUGCAAUUGAGAAAAGCUCUGUCUCCUUCUGAAAAGGCUACUCCUCCAACUCCUACCACUGCUAAAGAUGAUGAUAAAGGGGAUGAGGAGAACGAAGAUGAUAAAUUACUCAAUGAGAUGGAGGAGCUCACAUAUGCCAUGGAGCGUAAGAAGAAAAGAGAAAAGAAGCUUCUUGCAAAAAGACGAGCAAAGGAAAAAUCACGGAAGGCAACAGGAAUGCAAAUAGAUGCCCUGGAAGAUGGUUACGUUGAUCAUGAGUUGUUCUCUCUUUCUUCCAUUAAGGGUAAGAAAGAUCUUGCGACAGUUGAUUCCACCGAGUAUGAUGGUGGCAACGUUGAUCUGAGGGGUAGCGAAGAUGAACAAAACCGAGAAGAAAGCACCGAGGAUGAGUCACCCAGUGAUAUCGAUUCUGAUGAAGAACGCAGAAGAUAUGAUGAAAAAAUAGAAGAGAUCCUUGAUCACGCGUAUGAAGAGUAUGUGUCGAAAAAGGAUGGAAGUACGAAGCAGAGGAAGCGUGCAAAAGAAGCCUAUGACAAGUUAGAGGGUGGUUAUGGUGAUAUUAUUUUUUCUGAUCAUGAUUCGGAUAUGGAAGAGGCUGAUCCUGAAGCAAAUCCUCUUAUGAUACCGCUAGAUGACGGGGAAGGACCAACUCAGGAGGAGAUUACAGACAGGUGGUUCGGUCAGGAUAUUUUUGCUGAUGCCGUAGAGCAAGGGGAUUUAGGGAAGUAUGACAGUGAUGAUGAAAUGGAGACUGAUAAACGAAAGGAAAGGGCAGCUAUUCCAGAGAGGUCCAAAGUAAAGAAAAAACAGGAUGAAAGACUCGAUAUUCCGAACAAGGCCGAGGAAAAGAAAGCAAACAAUGCUGCAGGCCCCAAAAGCACCAAACUCCUGGCUUCCAAGACACAGGAUGAUUUUGAGAUUGUCCUGGCUCCAGCUACUGAUUCCAGUGAUGACUCGUCCUCAGAUGACUCGGUAGAAUAUGACGUUGAGACGAAAACUGAGAUAUUAGCUUGUGCUAAGAAGAUGCUCAGGAAAAUGCGAAGGGAUCAAAUUCUCGACGAUGCGUACGGUAAAUAUAUGUUUCAUGAUGAUGGUCUACCCAAGUGGUUCUUAGAUGAGGAAAAGAGGCAUUGUCAACCAAUUAAGCCUGUUACAAAGGAAGAAAUUGCUGCAAUGCGAGCACAAUUCAAAGAGAUAAAUGCUCGACCGGUUAAGAAAGUUGCAGAGGCAAAGGCUCGAAAGAAGCGGAUUGCAAUGAAAAAGCUAGACAAGGUCCGCCAGAAAGCAAACAGCAUAUCAGACCAAGCCGACAUCUCCGAGCGGUCAAAAGGGAAGCAAAUCGAACAACUUUACAAGAAGGCUACGCCCAAAAAGCCCCAGAAGGAAUACGUGGUCGCGAGGAAAGGGGUUCAAGUUAUGGCCGGAAAGGGGAAAGUCCUUGUUGAUCGUCGGAUGAAAAAGGAUGCCCGGGCACGGGGAACUGGAAAACCAGGAAAAGGUGGUUCGAAGAAGGGAAAGAACGGAAGAGCGCGGAAAGGUAAAGGAUCUGUCAAGGCUUCAGGGGGCAAGGGAAACAAAGGAGCGCGCAUGCAUGACUGAAGCAACUUAAGUUUUGAAAGGCACAAUUUUGGAUGAAAUUAAACAAUUUAUACAAAUGUUAGGACUGUUUUGUUUCUUUUGUUACAGUUGAUUCAUUAAAAUUAAGUACAAUGGCCGAGUGUUGAGGAAUCAAAUACUUUCAUAGUAGCUUAAAGAGUUCCAAUACUUUAUUAAAUUGUACCGAACAUUACUUUAUUAAAUUGUACCUUACAUAGAUGUUCGA